GGCCAGCUGUCGCCGCGGCGACUGUCCUCGGAGUCCGCCGGCUCGCGCCCCGCCCCCGUCCCUGCUGACCCCUCCCCUGUCGCGCGGGGGGUGCUGCUCGCUCCUCCCGAGUUGCGGCCGCCGCGGCCGCUGCGCCUCCUCGCGCAGGCUCGGGCUUCCCUGGCGCCGCGGCCGCCGCUGCCUCUGCGGUCUGCAUGAGGAGGAGGAGGAGGAGGAGGAUGUGAAGAUGGCGGAGCUGCAGAUGCUGCUGGAGGAGGAAAUCCCGGGGGGCCGCCGGGCCCUCUUCGACAGCUACACAAAUCUGGAACGGGUGGCCGAUUACUGCGAGAACAACUACAUCCAGUCAGCAGAUAAGCAGCGAGCCCUAGAAGAAACCAAAGCCUAUACCACCCAGUCCUUAGCAAGUGUUGCCUAUCUGAUAAAUACCUUGGCGAACAAUGUACUGCAGAUGCUGGAUAUCCAGGCAUCCCAGCUACGAAGGAUGGAAUCUUCAAUCAAUCACAUUUCACAAACUGUUGAUAUUCAUAAAGAGAAAGUUGCAAGAAGAGAAAUUGGUAUUUUGACUACCAAUAAAAACACUUCAAGGACACAUAAGAUUAUUGCUCCAGCCAAUCUUGAACGACCGGUUCGUUAUAUUAGAAAACCUAUUGACUAUACAAUUCUAGAUGAUAUUGGACACGGAGUAAAGUGGUUGCUUAGAUUUAAGGUGAGUACCCAGAAUAUGAAGAUGGGUGGGCUGCCGCGUACAACACCUCCAACUCAGAAACCCCCCAGUCCCCCUAUGUCAGGGAAAGGGACACUUGGGCGGCACUCCCCCUAUCGCACACUGGAGCCAGUGCGUCCUCCAGUGGUACCAAAUGAUUACGUACCUAGCCCAACCCGUAAUAUGGCUCCCUCGCAGCAGAGCCCUGUGAGGACAGCUUCUGUGAAUCAAAGAAAUCGAACUUACAGCAGCAGUGGGAGUAGUGGAGGAAGUCACCCCAGUAGUCGGAGCAGCAGCCGUGAGAACAGUGGAAGUGGGAGCGUAGGAGUUCCCAUUGCUGUUCCUACUCCCUCUCCUCCCAGUGUCUUUCCAGCCCCUGCUGGCUCUGCUGGUACUCCUCCCCUUCCUGCUACUUCUGCAUCUGCCCCUGCCCCUCUUGUUCCUGCUACUGUCCCUUCCUCCACUGCCCCUGAAGCAGCUGCUGGGGGUGCCCAGACCCUUGCUGAUGGCUUCACUUCUCCAACUCCCCCUGUUGUUUCUUCCACUCCCCCUGCAGGUCAUCCUGUGCAGUUCUACAGCAUGAAUAGACCUGCCUCUCGCCAUACCCCCCCAACAGUAGGGGGCUCAUUGCCCUAUAGACGCCCUCCUUCUAUAACUUCACAAACAAGCCUUCAGAAUCAGAUGAAUGGAGGACCUUUUUAUAGCCAGAAUCCAGUAUCUCUUGCUCCUCCUCCUCCCUCCAUCCUACAGGUAACUCCUCAGUUACCUUUAAUGGGAUUUGUGGCCAGAGUCCAAGAAAAUAUUUCAGAUGCACCACCGCCGCCGCCACCUGCAGAAGAACCAGUCUUUGAUGAAUCCCCCCCUCCACCACCUCCCCCAGAAGAUUACGAAGAGGAGGAGGCCGCAGUGGUUGAGUAUAGUGAUCCUUAUGCUGAAGAGGACCCACCGUGGGCUCCAAGGUCUUAUUUGGAGAAAGUUGUGGCAAUUUAUGAUUAUACAAAAGACAAGGAAGAUGAGCUGUCUUUUCAGGAGGGAGCCAUUAUUUAUGUCAUCAAGAAGAACGACGACGGUUGGUAUGAGGGAGUUAUGAAUGGAGUGACUGGGCUCUUUCCUGGGAACUAUGUGGAGUCCAUCAUGCAUUAUUCUGAAUAAAGCUCGGCAGGGCUGUUUCCCUCCCAGGAAUAGUCAGGACUUCCCAGAUUAUCACAAGGCCCUGGGAUUCCCCUCCAGUGAAGUGAAUGAAGGAUACAAAUGAUAAAAACUACUUAUGUGGUUUUCUUUUUUUUUCAGUUUAUCCCCCAGUAUUAAAACAAAAAAGCAAACUGAGUGUGAACAAAUGGAUUUUUCUGUCAUCAUUUGUACUAUGCUGAGCUGUCUAGAUUGAAAUAAAGUGACCAGUUCUGAAUAUGUGGAUGGUAUAACAGCAAAACUAUAUAAAACAAAUCAGGUUAAGACUGAUUCAGAACAAAAAUCUGGGAUCCUUCUCAGGAAUACUGUACACCUGUGGGAUUUCUCCUCCUGCAGAAUCCGGCAUUGCAUUGGAUGUCCUUCAGUGCCUGUGCUAAAAGGGUUAGCCUGGUGGCUACUGCGUCCCCCAUACUCUUCCACUUUUAUGAAGAGGGAACCAAUAUUUGAAUACCAUACUUAACCAUUUUUAGUUGUUUCAGAUGGCUCAUUUCCUCUUUAACACUGUAAAUUCUGCAUUCUCUCAGAACCUGGGUGCACCAGAGUUAAUGCUGAACUGAUUUGCAUCCCUCCAUGUUUCUCAGUUUGUAGAUUAUGAUGAAAUGAGUCUCCAAACAUUCUGAGGGUGGUUGAAUGCCAGUUUGAUGUUAAUGUGCUGCUGCUGCAUGAGACUGCAUUGCCGCUAAUGGCCAGUGCACCCGGAUGAGUGAAGCUUGGAAGCCUGGUUUAUGUGCUGAAGUAGGCGUGCGAAGCUAGACAUGAAGGUUAAGAUUCUGGAGAGGUUGAACUGUAGAAAUGUGCUGCCCAGUGGGCAUCCUAAGACCUCGCCUGAGGCACUGGUUUGAGUAGGAUUUUGGAAGUCAGACCAACUAUUUCUUUACUUUCACUAUUUAGAAAAACAUUGUUUUUGGGAAAAUAGUUAUUUUCAAGUUUCUUUAUAGUCACUGGGUAUAAAAGGCUUGCUACUGUAAUCUUGGAAUGUUAUUAAUGGCCAGUGUUAGCUGCUGCUGAGUUGUUUACUCACUUAACUCUAGAAAAAGGUACUUUCCUGAUUUUGUGGUUGGCUUUGGAAGUAGCUUCCCUUGCUAAGAAUUUGAACCUUCUUUCUCAGACUAAGACUAGUGGGAUAAGGCCAAAUACUUAUCCAAUUACGUAGAUUAAAAACUGAUAGAACUUUGAAAGAAGCAGUACUUUUUAAUUUGCCCCAUUAUAGCUUCAAGUUCAGUGGAGAUGGUAAUUCUGAUGGCUUUAAUCAUUUCUAUGAUCAGUAUAAGAAUUACUGAAAAAAAUCCAGGAGGACUUUCUUUGCUGCUCAGCAGGUGAAUACUUGGCGAUGAACUAGCUCAUGAUCAGGCCCAGCACUGUCCCAGUGACUUGGCCUGAAGAGAGCUUUGCCAAGUGACUUUCCUCUUCUGGGUCAAAGGGGAGAGGCAAUAGCUGCCCAUACAGUUGACCUUCCACACCACAGGUCUGAAAUGCACAGGUCCAUGUACACAGGAUUUGUUUAUCAAUACACAGUCCCUCCAUACUCCUGGGUUUUGCAUCUGCAGAUUAAACCAGGUACAAUUAAAAACAGUAUUUUCAAUUUGCAGUUGGAAACCCACAAAUGUGGAGGACCAACUGUGUGCGUUUUUAUGCCAUUUUGUAUAAGGGACUUCAGCAUCCAAGGAUUUUGAUUAUCUGUGGGGGGAGGGGAGGUGUUGGUUCUGGACCAGUCCCCCGUGGAUAUAGAGGACUGACUAUAGUUAAGUUUGGGAGAGUUAAGUUAUAGGUGAAUUUUCAGUUGCACAGGUCUCAGUGCCCCUAACUCCUGUGUUGUUCAAGGGUCAACUGUAAAUCAGAUGCAGGCCUUGAACAUGAGAUAGUGUAGAGGAACUUGAAAAUGAACAUGUGCAGUAGUGUGAGGGAAUUCAGAUGGUGUAGGCAGAAGUUAAUAUUCCACUUGUGUAUGUGGGCACAAAACAUCACCAUUUAUUUGAGACCCAGAUACAGAGCUUCCUUAUCAAGACUUUGUUGUUAAGUUACAGCCCCUACCCCGCCCCCAACACACACAUACAAGUCAGUUAUUUUGCCUUUAGCUCUCUUCAACCCUUCCCCUUUGCUUUUGUACUUUUGUUGCGUCAUCUCCACAUCCAUUAUUCCGUUUUCCUUUAAAGUAAUGGCCCUGAGUGUCCUCAGCUUUCAGCCUCUUUAUGGACCUAAUCUAGCCCAUACUAGGAUAGGUUAAAUAAUUCUUAUUGUUGGAGUAAAGAGGAAAAUUUUUAAAAUUAGAUGUUCCAAUUAUUUAUUUAAAUACCUUUUGCUUAGAGAGCUUAGUGGAUUUAAUAAGGCAGAGGGUAUUUUGAAAUCCAGCACAUGGUUCCACAGCUCACACCGACAAGCAGACAACUGUACAGCAGGAGUUGGUGGUGGUCCGCCUGCCUAGUGGACCCACUGGGUUGGGGAGUGUGGAAGACACUGGUGAAGUCCUUCAUACUGAAAACCUGCAGCAGGGGAUCCAUGGGUCAGCUCAUUUUUUCCCCUAUUAUUUAGUACUAAUGUGUGAUUUUUUUUUUUUCUUAAAUACAUGUUGGAUUUUCCACAUACUUUAAAAUUUUUGUAGUUUUGAAUUCUAUAUAUUGUCUUGGAAGGAUACUCUGAAAUGAUGGGCCAAGCCUACAAUAAUUGGAGACUUUUAAUGUAUGUAAUUAUUUCAUAGAUUGCAUGCUACUAAUAGUCUGUGAGGGUAGUAUUUCUUGUUUUAGUGUAAGUUUCCCCAUUUAUCUUUUUAAAAAUCAGAUGAAACGGUGGGCAGUAGGAAUUCCAAAUGAAUGUAGAAAUCUUACAUGCUACAUAAUAUUGUAGUGAAGAUGAUGCAAGUCUAAAAUGUGCUGACCAAUAAGCAACCAUAUUGUCAAGAUAGAGAAUCUAAUGGGAGAGGGAAUUUUUUCCUUCUGAAAUGUCUUUUUGACACUCCCUAUUUCCUUAAAAAAAAAAAAGUGACUUAAGAGUUCUUUUUUUUUUUUUUUUGGUAUUAUUGUUUGAAAGGCCAUGGUGGUAUGAAUGAAAAUAUAUUUGUUGUCAUUGACCUUAUGGCCAAGGCAGUAACUCUCAAACAGUGUCCACAUGUCAAACUCUAGACCUGAGAGACCCAGCCUGCUGUGCUGAAAAGCUAACUUUUUUUGCUCAGUAUUUUCCAUCUUUUGGCUGUUGGCUUUCUAUCUCCCUCAGGGGCACCUUAGGGUGGGCAACCGUCUGCUACUUUCAUGUUCCUCGAACUCACUGGGUGAGAUGUUUUAUCCCUCCUUUCCCCCUCCCGCGUCUGUUUAUUACACAACUAUAUUUUCAGUGAUUUCUGUAAUGUAGCUGCUCCUUGGCAGUCUUAGGUUGAUUGAAAAUGAUUUACUUGAGUUUUCUGUUUGAGAGGCAUCAAAGUGAUGGUAGUUUGCUUUUAUCCUUGUGUUCAUUUUCUUGUAGUAGGUGACCUUUCUGCAUUAGGAACUGUUCAUUUUUAUUAUCAUUUCUGCUCAGUGGAGAGCAAGGCCACCUUUCCUGUUGAAAAGAAUUUGAUGGAGGAAAUGAUAGGUGACUGCCAAGUCUCUGAAAGAAUGGGGAUCUGAAUCACUUCCCAGCUGCUUUGGCCAGAACUCUUGAGUUGUGUUACGGUGGUGAUUUCCCUCACAUGAUUUACUUAGAAUCAUAGAAUUUUAUUGCUAGAUGAGAUUUCAAUUUCACUUUACUGAUGAGGUUAGAUGUUUUAUUUUAGGUAACAGCUAAUAAAUAAUGGUAAAGCUCACAACUUCGUGCCUCUUGGUACUUUCUACAACUGUCUUAAUUAAAUGUGCUGUAUGUUUCUUUAAAAAUUGAGUUCUACUUGAUGUCUUCAGGAAGAUACUUGAAAAGAUAUGCUUGCUAUGUUUUGAUAAAUACCACCAGAGUAUUCAAACUUGUUUAAAGGAGUAUACUAAGUGCAACCUGAAUUAGGGAAAUCUUCAUUUUAACCAUUCCAAAACUACACUCAAUGCAAAUGUUCUUUUCCAUUAGGUGUAUGUAACAAAAACAUCUUUUCAGCACUGGUAGGAGCACAGCAAACGGCCUUAUUUAAAGAGAGCCUUAUAAAGCAGUUCUUUUAUUACAUAGGGGCAUUGUGCUUACUACCAUAUGUUUACUUUAUGCUGAUCUUUGUUCCUAUUUCUUGUUGGGAAUCAUAAUUCUUUAAAAAAAAAAAAACCCCAACCCUGACAAAUGAAAUGACAGAACCUAACUUGUAUAAAAAAAAAAAAAAUCCUUGCUAAUUAUCUUGUUUAAAAAAAAAACACCCAAAAAGUCAAAAACCAAAAAGCUUAUUUUCACAUUAAAAUGGAAACAUCUUUUGCAACCUCAGAAGUCUAUGAAAAAGCAAUUUUUAUCAUAGUUUGUGUCCAUGCAUCUUUCUCCUUAACAAAGUGGUUUACAGAGAACGUAAAUGUUAUCUGGCCAGUUGUACUUUUAGCUCCCAGGUGGGAGGAUUGGGGUUCUGAGCAAAAACCGUGCAAGAAAAUGCGAGGGAGCAGUCUAUUGCCAGUAAUGUUUCUUGUGUGUGCCAUUAAACCACCUCCAUGAGUCGGGGAGAAUUCACUUUUUAGUUUUGAAAUUGUACUUGGAAUUGUUGCUGUGUACUAAGACCUUGACCUAAAUAAAAUC